CCGCCCCGUCACAAGGCCCCGCAGCGUCUCACCUGCCGCAGGCGCAGGCCGGGGUAGGCAGCAGCCCAGCGGGUGCAGGUGCGGACGCACCGGCCAUCACCGCGCGGCCGCGCAGCCGACACUGUACACACCGGCCUCUGGCUCCCCGAGAGCGGGGCAGCCGUAGAACCUGAGGCCAUGUCCCAUGAAAAGAGUUUCUUGGUGUCUGGGGACAGCUAUCCUCCCCCAAACCCUGGAUAUCCUGUGGGGCCCCAGCCCCCUAUGCCUCCCUAUGUCCAGCCUCCCUACCCUGGGGCCCCAUACCCACAGCCUCCUUUCCAGCCCUCCCCCUAUGGUCAGCCAGGGUAUCCCCAUGGGUCCAGCCCCUAUCCACAGGGUGGCUACCCUCAGGGACCCUACCCUCAAGGAGGCUAUCCACAGGGGCCCUACCCACAGAGCCCCUUUCCCCCCAAUCCCUAUGGACAGCCACCACCCUUCCAGGACCCUGACUCACCACAACAUGGGAAUUACCAGGAGGAGGGGCCCCCAUCCUACUAUGACAACCAGGACUUCCCCUCGACUAACUGGGAUGACAAGAACAUUCGGCAAGCCUUCAUCAGAAAGGUGUUUCUGGUGCUGACUCUGCAGCUGUCAGUGACCCUGUCCACGGUCGCCGUGUUCACAUUUGUUGGGGAGGUGAAGGGCUUUGUCCGGGAGAAUGUCUGGACCUACUACGUCUCCUAUGCUGUCUUCUUCAUCUCCCUCAUCGUCCUCAGCUGUUGUGGGGACUUCCGGCGAAAGCAUCCCUGGAACCUUGUUGCUCUGUCGAUUCUGACCAUCAGCUUGUCCUACAUGGUGGGCAUGAUCGCCAGCUUCUACAACACAGAGGCAGUCAUCAUGGCAGUGGGAAUCACUACAGCUGUCUGCUUCACAGUAGUCAUCUUCUCCAUGCAGACCCGCUAUGACUUUACCUCGUGCAUGGGCGUGCUCCUGGUAAGUGUGGUGGUCCUCUUGAUUUUCGCCAUACUCUGCAUCUUUAUCCGGAACCGCAUCCUGGAGAUCGUGUAUGCCUCACUGGGCGCUCUGCUCUUCACCUGUUUCCUGGCAGUGGAUACCCAGCUUCUGCUGGGCAACAAGCAGCUGUCCUUGAGCCCAGAGGAGUACGUGUUUGCGGCACUGAACCUGUACACGGACAUCAUCAACAUCUUCCUAUAUAUUCUCACCAUCAUUGGCCGUGCCAAGGAGUAGUGCAAACCCCCAGCUCAGGUGGCAUGGUUGGCCCAGACCCUGCUCCUGGCAUGGCAGUGCUAUCUGUGCUCCCCUCUCUCUGGUCCCAAGGCACAGCCUGGGGCAGAGGGAGCCCCUCUCCCACCCUUGUGUGUACACAGCAAAUACAUGUUUGGACCCUCUGUGGCCACAGCAUGGCCCUUUCUAGCUCUCUUGCCCUUGCUAAGAGAUGAUGGGGCUGCAUUUCUGUGCCACCAUCUGUCCAUUCAUUGUUGCAUGAGCCCUGUCUGCCAGCCCACCUCAGGGUCUGGGAGUAACACCAGGUCCCAGGGGAGAGAGAUUGAACCAAGAGGUGAGGGUGCACGUCUUCCCUGUCCCAGCUCCCCUGGCAUAGAGUAACCCCUUUCCCUCUCCACCCUGCCCUCUGGGGGAUACACUGGGUGGGUUCUCAUUCCUGUGCUGAGCCCUGAGAGCAGAGAGGAUGGCAUCUUUGAGGGGAGGAGCCUUCUUCUCAUGCUGCUGUCAUUAAAAUUCCAAUAAAGGGAACCUUCUGCUCUCUG